AUGAUAUGCGAGGAAGUCCGCGUAUCAGUGAGCGCGCGCUUCAUCUCAUUUAAGAUGACGGAGCGUCAAGCCCAUAGCCUCCUAAGCGUAUUAGAGCUGCAUGCCCGCGUCCUGAAGGGAUACGCGUGGCGAACGGAGUCUGAUAUAUACGACGCGUGGAUCCACGAGCGUAGAAUUGACCUUUCCGCUCAGGUUGACGAUCUCACGCGAUGGUUCGCGACUGACUUAAGACAUAUUAUGUUGUGCAACGCCAAUUUAUCAACUAUGGUUGGUCACCUCAUUGUUUUAUUACUAACCAAGCGACUCUCAUCGUCGAUGGUUGCUGGUCUCCACGCUAGUAAGAAAGACCAUGAAGACAUUCAUUCAUUUCUAGUAAGAUACGUUUUCAUGACCGCACUGACACCUGAUGAACAGGCUCUGGCCGAGCGUUUAUUAGACGAUGUCGCUCGUGAGCCAGAGAAGAUUUAA